CACUCACGUACACACAUAACCUCCACACACCAAUGGAACUAAAGGUAACCCAUCUCUGCUAUUGCGUUCUACUUUUUCUUCCACUACUCUCCAUAUCCGCCAUAGCCAAACCUCCAUCAUCACCAAACCCUAGCAACAACAUCAACUUCAUUGUAUCCUCAUGCCACGUCACUCGUUACCAAACCCUCUGCGUCAAAUGCCUCGCCGCCUUCGCCAACAAAAUCCGCCGCAACGAAAAACGGUUAGCUCAAACCGCUUUAGCGGUUACUCUAGUCCGUGUCCAGUCCACGACGAUCUACGUAUCGAAGCUAACUAAGGCCAGGAGAAUCAAAAGGAGAGAGUACUUAGCCGUGAAGGAUUGUGUUGAGAAUCUUGGAGACGGCUUAGGGAUGUUGGUUCAGUCGAUGAGGGAGUUGAAGCAAGUGGGUCGAUCCGGUCGUGGUCGGGACGAGUUCUUGUGGCGGCUAAGUAACGUUCAGACUUGGGUUAGUGCUGCCUUAACGGAUGAGACAACGUGUCUUGAUGGGUUCGAUGGGGAGGUUAUGGAUGGUGCGGUGAAAUCAGCGAUUAGAAGACGAGUGGUUCAUGUGGUUCGAGUUACUAGUAAUGCCUUGGCUCUUGUAAACCGGUUUGCGGCUCGGCAGAAGUCAUAGAUAGAUUCGUCUAAUAAAUUAAUAUUCUGUCUUUAAUUAGGUUUUGUCAUAUCUUUCUGUUUUCUUCCUAGUGUCGUUGUAUUCUUCUUCCUCCACUUAAUUUUUUUUGGUGAUAUGUGUAGUCUUGGGAAUUUUUGUUGUUUUUGUGAUAGUCUUGACUUGAGUAAAGAUAACAAAAAAAUGUGAUUUGGGUUUGUGGGGAAAAAAUUGUCACAUUAUUUGGUUGUACUCCUAGCCACAUCUCAAUAUAUUUACGACUUGUAUUUUA